AUGGAUCGCGCUCUUCGGACGCAAGAAGAGGCGCGUAGACUGCAGUUCGCGCUGGCGCAGCAGCAGGUGGAACAGUACCAGGCGAUGACCAAACAGCUCGAGGCUCAGUCAGGCAUCCCCAUGACGCCGUCCAGUACGAUUAGCAGUAGUACUGGCACUAUGACCACUAGUAUGACAGGCCUGGCCAAGACGUCAGAGGACCUGCAGAAGCUCCGACAGGAGCAGCUGGCCAGACUGCAGCAGAACGUGCAGCGUCAAGCGGCCAUGGCUGCACAGGCAGUGCAGAAGAGAAACAACGAGGAGUGGCUGCGUAGUAAGCUGCUGCUAGAGCAGGAACACUUGAGAUUGCUAAGGCUACAUGAGCAGCAACUUAAGCAGACGAAGGGGAACACGGUGACAGCGGCCACGGCCACGUCCAUCGCCGACGGUUUGUUGGCGCAACAGCAACAGGUGAUGAGACAGCAGCAGUUGCUCCGAGAUAUGAUGCUGAAGCAACAGAAACAGCAACUGGCGAAGAGACAGCUCCAGAUGCAGCUCCAGAACGGAGAGAAGAGCUCAGCCAAUUCGACGACACAGGCCGUGACCACGGCGACAGCGAAGCCUUACUAA